CCCCAAAUAAUGGCGAAACCGACUGUCCUUUUCGUAACCAACCAAGAGCUAGGACAAGCUACAGUCGUUCUUUCAGUAGCUUAUGAGUUCCUCAUCCGUCAAUCCUACAACGUUCACAUUGCCUCGUCCCGACAACUAGAGCCAGAGGUGUCCAAGCUAAACGCCCAAGCUGCCCGGGCUACCCAGCUGCAGUCCUCAUCCACAACUGCAAACUUUCAUACCCUUCCCGGCCGAACCAUGUUCGAGGCAGCGAUGAACAGGGGUAACUCAUCCAGCAGCUCGUCUGGUAGCUGGUUCAACGCCCACAACAUUGGCUUAUUCGGCGCUCGUCAAGCUUAUACCAUGUUGUGUGGUGUAAUGGUGCCAUGGACUGGAGACGAGUAUAUUGCGGUUUACCAUAGGUGCAUUGAGAUCAUCAAGAAAGUGCAGCCUCGCAUUGUUGUCAUUGAACCUCUUUGCGCUCAAGCAAUUGACGCUUGUCGAACAUUGCGUUGUAAGUAUGCGAUUUUGAGCCCGAAUACCGUGAAGGAUCAUGUAGUGCAGCCGAUGCUAGGUAAUCUUUGGAAGUUUCCGGUUCUUUGUUCUGGGUAUUCUUUUCCCCUACCCUGGAGACACAUCCUGCCUAACGCAUUCCUCGCCAUUUGCGCCGGACUUACAUUCGCGAACUCGCGUGUCUUCAAAGCCAUCGACGAACGCCGCCAUGCCGAAGGUAUCACUGGGCCGUACCCCGUCAUGGCAUCUUUGGCGAAGAACCCAACACCCCUGCUGAUAGCUUCGCGUCCGGAAAUCGACUUCCCUUGUUUCGUCCCAGACUCUAUUAUAAGCUGUGGUCCAAUCUUGCGCCCCUGUGCCCCUAUUAAUGAGGAGUGUCCGGAGCUAGCCGAAUGGUUAUUGAGGGGGCCUACCGUUCUGGUUAAUUUAGGAUCAAACGUGUGCUUCGACCGUGACCAGACGAGAAAGUUCGCGCAUGGUCUGCGCAUGCUCCUAGACGCUCGGCCUGACAUACAAGUGCUCUGGAAAUUGAAGCCGGACCGUAAAGUGGAAGCUGCGCUUUGGAUUGCGGAGGCUGUCGAGGGGAUUUUCGAUGAAGUGUUUGCUGGACGUGUGCGUAUUGAGGAGUGGCUCCCUGUCGAACCGAUUUGCAUUCUCGAGAGCGGGCAGAUCUGUUGUAUGGUUCACCAUGGAGGUGCGAACUCAUAUAACGAGGCUAUACGGGCUGGCGUACCGCAGAUAGUCCUACCCGUGUGGUUCGACACCUACGACUUCGCAGCGCGCGUGGAGUACCUGGGAGUGGGAGUAUGGGGAAGUAAGAUGAGUGCGCCUGCAAUCAAUGGGCCGGAACUAGGCAAGGCACUCCUCUGCGUCUUGCAUAGUAAUGAAUCUUCCACCAUACGAGACCAGGCGAAAACGAUUGCAGCAGAGAUCGGCUUCUCGGAAGGACGAGUCGUGGCAUGUGAGAAGCUUCUCGAAUUGAUAGAAAGAUAGAGA